ACGAAGGAACCCAACAUAACACUGAACCUGUGCAGCCGACGCUAUUGCAACGGACGCACCAUUACACUGAAUCUGUGCGACGCUCCUGAAAUAAACGCACCAUGGUUGAGCUGUCAGUUUUUUUCCACUCGCGCGUGUUUGAUCGUGUCCGUGUCGGUGUUUGCGGUGUUGGCUGUAUCCUCGUAAUUUGGCAACUUUUGGCGUUAGUCAAGGUGUCCAACGAGCAGCCGAAGGCAGUUAGAAAGAUCCGCUGAGGGAUGGAAUCGGGUCCGCUCCGCAAGGCGAAAAGUUUUCAGCAUCUUUGUAGUGAAGCUGUUUGUUUGCGGAAAAAUCCAACUUGAAAGAGGAAUACGACUGGAACUCGUCUAGUUCGUGCGAGGACGGCCAACAUGGACAGCUGGCACCGAUCUCGGCCGGAUGACGAACCAAGUACGACCGACUGGCGCAGUGGUUCCGGAACUGGCGGUGGGGGCAACGAACUGUCGACGAGUCUGUCCGGGUCUAGCUUGCGGGACAAGUGGUCCAGGUCAACGAGUUGGCGCGAAGAGGAGAUAGGCGAUGGGCCUGGAGGGCGGCCACUGCAUUCGUCGUCAGCGGGUGGUGGCUACAAACCUCGGAUGUCGGCUCUGAGCGGCGGAGGUUCGUCCGGUGGCAGUUCACGAAGAAGCGUCCCAUCGUCCAAGGAAGGUAGUGCCGCGAAGGAAGACUUGCCCAACCAUGCUGCGUCGUCGGAGAAAGCCUCGGAAGAGGCGGACCCCGGCAGCAAAAAGAAGUCUGAACCGGUACGGAACGCUACGGCGGAUGAAAAGCCUCCAAAAGCCAGCGAAUCGGAAUCCCGGCGUCCGAGAUGGCGUUCGUGCACCUGCUGCAACUAUUCCCGGUCGCCGUCAGGAUCCCGUGAAUGACCAGAUCCAAUGAGUGACCGAUCCGGAAUAGCGACAAGGAGUGCUUUUGUAAAAACGCAUAUUUUCUCCGUGGAUUAUGGGGAGCUGCUCGUUAGCGCUCAAGGUCAACCUUCGAACGCAGCAGCAGAUCCGGCACGGGCUGUGCUUCGGGAUCGACCGAAAGUAACACGAGGCCACCUUCGCAGAAGUAAAGCCCCCCAAAACAAAUCCAAUCACGUAAAGGCAGAAAUGAUUACUGUGAGGUUCAUUCUGACGAUGAUUGCAAGCAGAAAAGAAGUCGAGUGUCAUGGAGUACCCGAAGUAGUUCCGUAUCGCGUGGAUUCGGAGUUUUCUGUCGACAUCAACGAGGAAGAGAAGCUACUGGGACCAAUCAACGGAAGAAACUCAUCAUCUACCGAAGAGGAGCUUUGACAGAUCGAGAGGUUGAAGUUUGAAUUAUGGAAGAAAACGUCGAAAGGAAUCAAACGUUUCGGUGGGAUCGCCGGGACCAAGAAUCAAAAUGAAACUAAAUUAAAUUAAUACAUUAUAAAG